GAUACUACAGAGGCAUAAGUUCAGUAAGCAGCCGAAUUUCGGAGCAGCUACAUCCGAUAGUACGAAUCAUGGCGUCUAGCCUAAUAAAUCGUAUCGGUUAUGCUCUACAGCGAUUCGAAAUUCUGAUUGAAAAUAUUAUUAGUCGCAGAUUUCCACCAGAAGCAUUAUGCAUCGUUGAAUUAACAAAUUACCCAACCCGGGAUCAAUCAACACCCCCAUCUAAUCCGUUCUCUUUAGAAAAUCUCAUUGGUGAUGGUUUGUUUUGGGCUGUUCCGAAAUCUAGACGAACGGUUGAAAAAAGAUUGAAAAGAAAAUUUGGAGAUCCAAAAUAUCACUGGAAACCAUUGAAACUCAAAACCAAUCUGUUGGUGUGUAAUUCCUGUGGAAACCAUUAUGAAGCUGGUAUCCUUUGCGUCUAUUGUUACACCAAAGUGAAACUGGAGACACAGGAAAUGCAGGAUGCUAUUCAGGCUAGUCUGGAUUUGAGUCCUGUUGAUAAGGACGUUGUUGUUGUGUACGACGGAGAAAAUAGCGAAAAAAUGAAAGAAUAUUGGAAGAACAAGCGCAUUGUUGAGUUGCCCAAGAAGAGGCCGUCCUGGUUUCAGAACAACUUACUUCAGCAGACAACGCAAGAACCCGCGGACAGUAAAGAAGUCGAGCCUACUCAACUGGGGUAGAAUAAAUUUACUGUUGAAGAUUUUUAAUCUAAUUAUCUAUCGAUUUUGUAGUACAUUAUAUUAAGUAUUUGCGCCAGUGGGUCGCUUGUUAAUAAAUCCAGUAAAUAUCCACUUUAA